CGUCCAGCGUGAAACAGACCAUUGUAAUCAAACUUAGAGCGCUAUCUAGAGCAGGCAUGCGUUUCAGGUUGUUCAAUCGAGCUCAGCAUCUCUGAUCCCACACAAGCAGACAUGGCGGACAAGGAUCCAUUCCGGCAGCUGAAAGACCUGUCUCUGCUUAAAGACCAGCUCGAUAACAUUCAGCGUCGGAUGGAGGACGAAGUCGGAGUUGGGAUUCCACAGGGUGGAAGUGUGCUCAGCUCUCCCUUCCUCAAAGGCUUUUUGGCUGGGUAUGUGGUGGCAAAGCUCCGUUCCUCCGCAGUCCUGGGAGUUCUUGUAGGAACCUGCACAGGCAUCUAUGCUGCUCAGAGCUAUCAAAUGCCUAACGUUGAGCAGACCAUAAAAAACUACUUCAGCUCAUUUAAGAAGAGAUAGAAGUGAAUAUAUACCUUCCCAGAAAUGGUGCCUCAUGUAAAUUUACCUAAACAUUUACCUCAACUGAGGUGCCACUCGUCAGACCACAUAAAACAACUGGAUGCAUUUAGAUCAUACUUUGGUGUCCAAAAUAAUUAAGGUUAGCAAUUUUUCUAUUUAAGAUUUUCUAUUUAAAUUGGUUAGGUCUGUACUGUUAAAACAGGUAUUUUAUAACAAAAACUAUAUACACCUAAAUUCCUUAAAAUGGUACAAAUGGCCAAGGCUUUGUUAAUACGUGCAAAAUGUUAUGUUCUGUCUGUUACAUAAUUUUUAUUUUUUUUUUUUCAAUGCUGUUUUUUUAAAUAGUGGUUUGCACUAAACAGGUGAACAGUCAUGAACAACACACUCUAUAAACGAUGUCUGGCAUUGAACAAUUCCUACACCUGCCAAAUGUCAGAGAUUGCUGGACUUGAAUAGAUGACGCCUUUUAUGUAGUUGUUGAAUAAAGACAUUUUGCACUUUACCACACUCGAACACUUCUACUUUUAGUUAAUAGUGAAGUGAAAUAGAAAGCAGGAAGUAGUCCGGUUUAAGGAUGAAAACUGAUUUUCACGCAGUUGGGUUUUCAGAUGGAGUAUUGGAUUCAGUGGUGUGGUUUUAAGUGUGAUCCUUAUCAUAAUGCAUACUUGUUCUAUGAAACUGUUCUUAAAAAUAGUUCUGAAUAAUGGUAAUUAUUUCCUUUGCUUUAUCUUUGGCAUAUCUUCUAAGAUCAUUGCCAUCAUGUGUGAUAUAUAUAUAUAUAUUUUUGGAUAUAUUCUUUUACAUUCAUUGCAUGUGUUUUUUCAAGAAUGUUUGCAAAUGUUGUAUUUUAAUGAAUAAAACCUUAAAUUGG